GUUGGUGUAUCCUCAGUGUUUUUCUCUCUUGAGUGUAAACAGAGUCUUCUCUUUAUUUUUUAGUGUUCAUAAUGAGAGAUGAGAUGUCCUGUAAAUCUACUGAUCAAACCUCCACAGAGUCUCUGGAUUCUGUCUGUAACGCUGGAGAACAGCAGCAGAUCCUGCAGACCAAACUCAAGAUGUGUUCAGUCAAACCCAUGGACUGCACGAACCUCACGAUGAAGAUUAAAACUGAACCCACAGAAAUAAAAACUGAACCUAUAGAAAUAAAAACUGAACCUACAGAAAUAAAAACUGAACCUACAGAAAUAAAAACCGAACCUACACCAGAUGAAUAUGAAGACAAUCAGGAUGGUCAUGAUUUUAUUCCUUCAGAUGUGAAGAGUGAAUUAUGUUUGGAUGGAGAAAUAACGUCCUCGACUCUUUCCUGCAUCACCGAUGGAGAGACAUUGAGCUCACAGAGACAUUUAGAGAGAGAACACACAGAACAUGAACAUCAUCUGAAGAAACACACCAAUGAGAGACCAUAUCAGGGCAGUGAAUGUGGAAAAACUUUCAGGGAUUCUGAUUCAUUGAAAAAACACCAGAAUAUUCACUCUGAAGAGAAACGCUAUAAGUGUUUACACUGUAAUGACAGUUUUGGGUAUAGAUCUAGUCUUAUAAUCCAUGAGAGAGUUCACACUGGAGAGAAACUUCCUCACUGCAGUGUUUCUGGGAAGAGUUUUAAUCAACAUCAACAUUUAGUUUCACAUCAGAGAACUCAUACAGGUGACAAACCUUACAAAUGCUCUCAGUGUGAGAAGUCGUUUGCUCAGUCAGGUUACUUAAUAAUCCAUCAGAGAAUUCACACUGGAGAGAAACCUUAUGCCUGCCCUCAAUGUGGAAAGAGCUUCUCUGAUCCAUCUAAUGUCCGACUUCAUCAGAGAGUUCACACUGGAGAGAAACUUCAUCACUGUGAUGUUUGUGGGAAGAGUUUUGAUAAGCGUGCCAAUUUAUUGACACACCAGAGAACUCAUACAGGUGAAAAACCUUACAAAUGCUCUCAGUGUGAUAAAACAUUUGCUCAGUCAGGUCAAUUAAAAGCACAUCAGAGAGUUCAUAUGGGAAAAAAACCCAUAUCUUACAUCUGCUCGAUCUGUGGAGAGAGAUUUGCUCGUUCUUGGAGUCUUCAGAGUCAUCAGAAGAAACAUACUGAAGAACAAACUACACUGAAAUCAUCAUAGUGUCUUAAAUUCUUUACACACUGUUCAUGUAUAUUCGGUGUGAAUGUUUGACGCGAUAACGUGCUAUAACCAAAACAAUUGAUUUCUAUAAAUAACUUUACCUUGGUUAUUUGCAACAUGAAAAGGUAGUUUUUACCACUGUAUUGAAUUUUCCCUAUUUCACCCGACAAAUAAACAGGUCGACCAAUGAGAUCUGAACAUUACGUCACAUUCCCUGAGCCGCUGCUAUUACUCAAAAAGAAGAGACAGUGGCUCUACAGCACACAAAACUAUGGGUAUUUAGAGGAAGGUGGCAGAGAAAUCUGGGAAACCGAUUUUCCGCAUGAUCGCUGUGUGUAGACAUUUCUUAUAAAUGAUUAAUGUGUUAUAUUAGUUGAAUAGAUUUUUUAAAGGAACAGUAUGUAGGAUUGUGGCCAAAACUGGUAUUGCAAUCACAAAACUUGUGGCUAAAACUGGUACUGCAAUCACACAACUGGUGGCCAAUAUACAAAAUGACAACAUAAACAUCAGUUGAGGGCUGCAACUCCACUUUUUAAAUGAAAAUAUCCUGGCCAGACCACUGUUGUCAGUGAUAUAAGUAUUUGAAAUGAAAAUGAUUUCUUAAUGUCUAGUGCCAUUUCAGGGCCAUUUAAUGAUUAAUUGAUAUACAUUUCUUACAUACUGUUCCUUUAAUUCUCAUGUUGCUUAUCUGGCUAAUAAAUUAUUAUGCUUGGAUUUAUUCUGCUUUACUCUGAAUUAUUGAUUACAAGGAAAUUUUAUGUUAGCCUGGCUCCGCCCUCUUACGUUCUUUCGCUUAAUUUUCAUUUAGCUUCAGAACAACGUCUGGGACUGCUGUAUAGAGUUUCGUUUUCUCUGGCAAAAAUCUGCAGGUCCAAUCAGCGAACAGCGGGGAGUGGCUAAGAACGCAGACGUUGAAGUCGUGUGCCAGACUGAGUGACAUACGUCACAACCAAACGUUAGCGAUUGGUUAUGGCAGAUCCUGAGUGACCCUGGACAGAUCCAAUAGUUUUAAACUUCAACAGAGGACCCACCUUGACGGAAGUAACUCUUUGCAAUGGAGCGUGGCCAGACUCUCUGUACAAAUUAAAUUAAUGUACGAGAGUCUGGUUGGACCAGGCUAAUUUUAUGUAUCCUUAAAGGGCCCAUGGCAUGAAGAUGUUAGCAUUGCCACUUUGUAGGCCUGAGCAAAAAUGUGUCGUUUUGGGUGUGUCCUAUUAAAUGCAAAUUAGCAGAUGAAGUGCAAACACUGAUCACAAUGAUGGUGGUUUGUUGUAAUUGAAACUCAAUUGUGCUGUCAAGUCCUUCUUUUCUCUCUCUUUCUCUCUGCACUUAAUGGCAGUGCUGUGGUUGGAUAGUGCACAUUAAGGGGGCGGUAUUAUUAUAAUAAGAGCUCCUUAUGACAUCAUAAAGAGGGCCAAAUUUCAAUUACCUAUUUUUGCUCACACCUACAAAGUAGCAAUGCUAACCUCUGUAUGCCAUGGGCCCUUUAAUAACAAUUUCAUGACCAGGAUUAAGUAGGCGUAUUGUCUGCGCGUUUUCAUUUUCUUUAUUUGGUCUGACGAACCACCUCAUUUUAAUUACAGGGUUAAGCAUUUAUGCAUCAACUGCCUUUAAUUAUGAGGUCUGAUAAACUCUUAACUAGUUGUAUCAAGCAAAGUUUGUGUGUGGGUCAUAUUAUGAAUUGUUUUUAUUGUAAAAUAAAUAUUUGUAUAACUUUGUAUAUGAAUUUGGGUCUCCAAU